AUGGCUGGAAAGAAUGACGCUGUUAUAGCUGCUGCUUUGGAAGCAAUGACUCAGGCUUUGGAGAAUCAGCCGAAUGGUGGUGUGAAUGCUGCUUCCUGCAGUUUGGCUACCUUCCAAAGAGAGAACCCUCAUGUGUUUAAGGGAACUCAUGAUCCUGAUGGCACAUUAACAUGGCUAAAGAAGAUCGAGAGAAUCUUCUGUGUGAUGGAUAGCACUCCUGGUCAGAAGGUUCGGAAGUACUUUCCUGAGGAUGCCUGUGGCAAGAAGGAGAUUGAACUCCUUAAUCUAAGGCAAGGGAAUAAGUUUUUUGUGGAGUAUGCUGCUAAGUUUUGUGAGUUGGCUAAGUUUUACCAGCACUGUGAUGGAGCCAGUGGUGAAUUUUCCAAGUGUAUCAAGUUUGAGGAUGGUUUGCGUCCAGAGAUUAAGAAGGGUAAGAGUCAACAAGGCCGUGGCAAGCCUUAUGAAUCUCCAAGUGGCAAGGGUAAGCAGAAAGUUAGUGAUGGCAAGAGAUCUAGUGGGGGAGACGCUCCUGCUGGUAUCGUGUGCUUCAAGUGUGGCAAGGUUGGUCACAAGAGCAUUGUGUGUACUGCUGGUACAAAGAGAUGUUUUCGUUGUGGUAAGAUUGGACAUGAGGCACCUGAAUGCAAGCAUAAGGAGAUGGUUUGUUUUAACUGUGGUGAAGAAGGACAUAUUGGAAGCAAGUGUCAGAAACCCAAGAAGGAGAAAUCUAGUGGAAAGAUUGGGUCUUGUGUUGUCUGCUAUGGACUGAGAGAUGGUCGUUGA